UACAUUGUACACACACACAGACUCACUUUGAUUGGCUAAAAAAACACAGUCAAAAUCUCAAACCCACCGUAGAUUCCUUUUCUUCUCCACGGGCCGUUAUUUAAUUUGUUUUUCCCUUUUUUAUAACUGCCUAACAAACACUGUCCUCUCACACUCACACAUACCUGCUAUUACCACUAAAUCUCUCUCAUUUAUUACUUACCCCACACAACAAAAUCUCUCAGAUCCUUUACUUUUUUUCUUUUUUCAUUUAAUUUAAAAAAAAAACAAACAAACUGAUUGGCCCACAGCCAUGGACCAAGGCCGCGCAACCCACUUAACCACCGCUAACGGUGGCUCCGGCGUCGUUGUUGGUGGUGGUGGUUCGGUUGGUGUUCAGAUCCAACAGUCACGUAGGCUUCCGGAUUUUCUACAGAGCGUGAAUCUCAAGUACGUAAAAUUAGGUUACCAUUACCUGAUUUCGAACCUUUUGACCCUAUGUUUCGUUCCUCUAAUCCUCGUAACCCUAAUCGAAACCUCGCAAAUGGAACUCGAAGACAUUCGGCAGCUUUGGCUUCACCUCCAGUACAACCUUGUUAGCGUCGUCAUUUGCUCGGCUUUCUUGGUUUUCGGUUUGACCGUUUACAUCAUGACCCGACCCAAACCCGUUUACCUCGUGGAUUACUCGUGUUACAAACCGCCUGAUCAUCUCAAGGCUCCGUCCCAUUCCUUCAUGGAACACUCUCGCCUCACCGGCGACUUCGACGACUCGUCGUUGGAGUUUCAGCGCAAGAUCCUCGAGCGCUCGGGCCUCGGCGACGAGACGUAUGUGCCGGAGGCGAUGCAUGCGAUUCCGCCGGAGCCGACGAUGGCGGCCGCGAGGGACGAAGCCGAAAAGGUUAUGUUUGGUGCCUUGGAUAAGCUAUUCUCGAAUUGCAGUGUGAAACCUAAGGAUAUCGGUAUUCUUGUGGUGAAUUGUAGUCUGUUUAAUCCAACUCCUUCGCUGUCGGCUAUGAUUGUGAAUAAGUAUAAACUGAGGGGUAAUAUACGGAGUUUUAAUUUGGGGGGUAUGGGUUGUAGUGCUGGGGUUAUAGCUGUUGAUUUAGCUAAGGAUUUGUUACAAGUUCAUAGGAAUACUAAUGCUGUUGUUGUGAGCACUGAGAAUAUCACUCAGAAUUGGUAUUUUGGGAACAAGAAGUCUAUGUUGAUACCCAAUUGCUUGUUUCGUGUUGGGGGUGCAGCGGUUUUGCUCUCCAAUAAGUCUGUGGAUCGGAGAAGAGCUAAGUAUAAGCUGGUACAUGUUGUGAGGACACAUCGUGGGGCCGAUGAUAAGGCCUUUAGGUGUGUUUAUCAGGAACAGGAUGAUAAUGGGAAGACGGGUGUUUCAUUGUCAAAGGAAUUGAUGGCUAUUGCUGGAGGUACACUUAAGACUAAUAUCACCACAUUGGGUCCUCUUGUGUUGCCAAUUAGUGAGCAGCUUCUGUUCUUCGCGACCCUGCUUGUUAAGAAGUUGUUCAAUGCGGAUGUCAAGCCUUAUAUACCGGAUUUUAAGUUGGCGUUCGAUCAUUUUUGUAUUCAUGCUGGGGGAAGGGCUGUGAUUGAUGAAUUGGAGAAGAAUCUUCAGUUGUUGCCAAUUCAUGUGGAGGCUUCUAGGAUGACUCUUCACCGGUUUGGGAAUACUUCGUCCAGCUCCAUUUGGUAUGAGUUGGCCUAUAUAGAGGCUAAGGGGAGGAUGCGCAAGGGCAAUCGUGUGUGGCAGAUUGCAUUUGGAAGUGGUUUCAAAUGUAAUAGUGCAGUUUGGCAGGCACUUCGGAAUGUGAGGCCGUCUCAUAACGGUCCUUGGGAAGACAGUAUUCACAAUUAUCCUGUGAAAACACUCUCUGAAUAGCAUUUUGGUUUGACUCUCCAUUCAGGGUAUUUUUCUUUUGUAGCUUAACCAUCCUUAUUUCAACCUUUUGUCUGUUCCUGAGAUUGUUUUUUGUUGGAUUUUUUUUUUUUUUUUUUUUGUUUGAUACCAGAUGUCAAAUUGUGGUCCUUUUUACUUCACAAUUCUUGUAUGUUUCAGUUAUGUUUCCAGAGUACUAUGAUUUGGAGAAAUGCUGAUUUUGUAAUUUAAUAAUGCUCCAAAAUUUCAACUUGCAUAAUCUUGUUCAUCUGUAAUUUUCUGUUAAUGAUAAAGAGUUUUUCUUAAA